UCCUUCAACCAUAAAUUAUACGUGUUAUAUUUUCUCUCAUAUCCUCUUGCUUUCUUGGCUUCUCUUCUCUCCUUUUCCUUUCUUCCAAUUUCUUUUUGUUGAACUCAAUAUGUGUGGGAUACUUGCUGUUCUUGGAUGCUCAGAUGACUCUCAGGCCAAAAGAGUUCGAGUCCUCGAGCUUUCACGCAGAUUGAAGCAUCGUGGCCCAGACUGGAGUGGUCUGUACCAACACGGUGAUUGCUAUUUGGCUCAUCAACGCCUCGCAAUUAUUGACCCCGCCUCCGGUGAUCAACCUCUCUUCAAUGAGGACAAGUCAAUUGUUGUGACGGUCAAUGGUGAAAUUUACAAUCAUGAAUAUCUGAGGAAGCGAUUGCCAAAUCACACGUUUCGCACAGGCAGUGAUUGCGAUGUCAUUGCCCACCUGUAUGAGGAAUAUGGGGAAAAUUUUGUGGACAUGUUGGAUGGAAUGUUUUCUUUUGUAUUACUGGAUACACGCGACAACAGCUUCAUUGUUGCCCGUGAUGCUAUUGGGAUCACUUCCCUCUAUAUUGGUUGGGGCCUUGAUGGUAAUGUUUCAAAACGGUUCUGGUUUAUGAGCAGAGUCAUGGUCAUAGAUAGAUAUAUCUAUGCUCUGUUCUGUGCACAAUUUCGAAUUGAAUUGAACUUGAUGUUAGUAACUUCAAUUUUAUCCUCCUACUAUGCUAUAUUUUCAGGCUCCAUUUGGAUAUCGUCAGAACUUAAAGGAUUGAACGAUGACUGUGAACAUUUUGAGUGCUUUCCACCUGGUCACUUGUACUCCAGCAAAUUAGGUGGACUAAAGCAAUGGUAUAAUCCUCUUUGGUUCUCUGAGGCUAUUCCAUCUACCCCAUAUGAUCCACUUGUGCUCAGACGUGCUUUUGAAAAUGCUGUGAUCAAGAGGCUGAUGACUGAUGUACCUUUUGGGGUUCUUCUCUCUGGGGGUCUGGAUUCAUCGUUGGUUGCCUCUAUCACAGCUCGCCACUUGGCUGGAACAAAGGCUGCGAAGCAAUGGGGAACACAACUCCAUUCUUUUUGUGUGGGCCUGGAGGGUUCACCAGAUUUGAAGGCUGCAAAAGAAGUUUCAGAUUAUUUGGGUACUGUUCAUCAUGAAUUUCAUUUUACUGUUCAGGAUGGCAUUGAUGCCAUUGAAGAAGUCAUCUACCAUAUUGAAACAUAUGAUGUAACGACCAUUAGAGCAAGCACCCCUAUGUUUCUUAUGGCACGUAAAAUUAAAUCAUUAGGGGUGAAGAUGGUGAUUUCUGGUGAAGGUUCAGAUGAGAUAUUUGGUGGGUAUUUGUACUUCCACAAGGCACCCAACAAGGAAGAGUUCCACCAGGAAACAUGCCGAAAGAUUAAGGCACUCCACCAGUAUGAUUGCCUAAGAGCUAAUAAAUCAACCUCUGCUUGGGGACUGGAAGCUCGAGUCCCUUUCUUAGACAAAGAAUUCAUUAAUGUUGCAAUGGCUAUUGACCCAGAGUCGAAAAUGAUAAAAAAGGGAGAAGGACGUAUUGAGAAAUGGGUUCUGAGGAAGGCCUUUGAUGACGAAGAGCGUCCCUAUCUGCCAAAGCACAUUUUGUACAGGCAGAAAGAACAAUUCAGUGAUGGAGUUGGAUACAGUUGGAUUGAUGGCCUCAAAGCACAUGCUGCUCAACAUGUGACUAAUAAGAUGAUGUUUAAUGCUGAACGUAUUUACCCACACAACACUCCCAACACAAAAGAAGCCUACUACUACAGGAUGAUUUUUGAGAGGUUCUUCCCACAGAACUCAGCUAGGCUGAGUGUCCCUGGGGGAGCAAGUAUAGCCUGCAGCACUGCUAAAGCUGUUGAGUGGGAUGCUACAUGGUCAACCAAUCUUGAUCCUUCUGGAAGGGCAGCUUUAGGAGUCCAUGAUUCAGCUUAUGACAAUCAGGUUCCCUCUGCCAGCAACAGCAUACCAGCGAUUAUUGGUAAUGUACCUCUGAAGAUGGAAGUUAGCACUCCCGGAGUUGCAAUUCAGAGUUAAUAGUUCUGAUAGGGGACAGGACUAUAUCCAAAUUUGAGGCAUAAGUUUAAGCAAUUACGAGACUUUGCAUACCCUGCUUUACAAAGGGAAUACAUAAUGUUAGGAAAGUAUUCUAUGGUCUUGUAAAGGUAAUGUGUGUUCAAUAUAUUGUACUUUCUCUAUCCUAAGACAUGCUUUUGAAGUGUGCUAUGAAUAUAUUUGAGUUAUUUUAAAGAAAAGGUGGGAAAUCUUCCUUCUUUU